UAUCAGUUAUUACUGCUUUGGCUUUCCAUUUUGGAUUGUAGACGCCGGAAAAAAUUCUCGCACAAUGCAAAGCGAGUCCCAGCGAAAAUAUUCCUUGUGGGCAAAAAUUUGAUUACUGCUUUAAUAAGUGAUGAUUGCGUAUCUGUGCACGACUAGUAAUGCAUAGCCAUAGCCAGGCCCAGGGAACAGCAAUCGUUUAGGAGAAGGAGCAGAUCAGUGCAAUUUGAACUGAACAGCACAGCUAGGCCUAGGCCUACAGCGUACAGUGAUGUCGUCAUGGACACAGUGGAACUCCCGUCUUCCGUCCUUCCUACCACUUGUGGUCAUCCUGAGUUUGCUCCUAGUGACAGUCAUGGCGUCAGCUGGCGACCGCUCCCUCGUCUACAAAAGAUGUCUGUCCAACUGUAAAUAUAUCAACUGUCUUGGAGUGUCUGACGAGGUUUUUGCCAGUGCACAGCCAGUCUACCUUCGCUGGCUCCAGUGGGGUUGCCUGGACGAGUGCAAGUAUGAGUGCAUGUGGCAGGCUGUUGAUGCAUAUGAAAAGGAUGGCUCAAAGAUCCCUCAGUUCCACGGCAAGUGGCCAUUCAUCCGUCUGCUUGGCAUUCAAGAACCAGCAUCUGUGAUAGCAUCCCUCUUGAAUUUCCUUAGCGUGACCUUGGGGAUGAUGGUGUUCUGGAAAACAGUGCCAUCUUACUCGCCGAUGUAUUUUGUAUGGAAUUUUUAUGGCUUUGUGUGUUUGAAUGCGUGGUUCUGGUCGACAAUAUUUCACUGCAGAGACCUUGAAUUUACCGAGAGACUAGAUUAUUUUACAGCCCUGUCCCUCGUGAUGUCCAGUACCCUGUGCUUCUGCUUAAGGUUUGCAAGAACCCAGCCAUUAUGGAAAAGCUUCAUAAUUCCUCUGCCAUUCUUCACGUACUAUGUCUACCACUGUUACUAUCUCUCCUACGUCAACUUCAACUAUAGCUACAACAUGACAGUGAAUAUUUCAUUUGGUCUUUUUAGUUCUGCUGCUUGGAUAACCUGGUGUGCCUACCGCUGGAAAGAACGGCCAUAUGUGAAAAGGUGCAUUCUGGCUUUGCUGAUACUCAAUGGCUCUGUUAUAUUCGAGGUGUUCGACUUUGCACCAACAUUCUGGGUUUUCGAUGCGCAUUCUCUUUGGCAUAUAGGAACAGUACCUGUGGGAUAUUUAUGGUUUUCAUUUGCAGCUGAUGACUGUAUCCACAUAUCGGAUACUUUAAAGAAGAAGAACAAAAUUUUAUAAUAAAUUAUACCAUUAGCCUAGAGUCUUCUAAUACUUGUGGUACAUGUAUACCUCAUGACAUUCCUACUUUUGUAGCUGAGACAGGUGUUGUAUGUUGUUGUGAUCAGUGAUAAUACUUGAUGGUGUAGAAGACAAGUCUUUAAUGUUAUCAAUAAUUAAUUGUUGAAUAUUUCCUCAAGAAAUGCUGUUUUAUGAAAGAAUUCAAGUACAUGUACUGCCAAUUACGCAAGGGAUGGCCAAAGGCAAAUAAAUCAAAUUAGUGCCUAACAUUUGUGGCAAUUAUUGAAGUAACGCCUUGGAGGAGGAAUAGUCCCUGGUGUAUAACACCAAGUGCGGAGAAAUGAAAUGAAAUGAAAUGAAAUGAAAUGAAAUUUAUUGGCCAAAACACAAUCUUU